GCGGCGCGGCUUCCUGCGGCGGGGGCCGCGGAUAUAGGCGCCCCAGCCCGGCCCGCCGCCGCGCCGCCGCCCUCCUCGCCUGCUCGCCGCGCGAUGGCCUCGCUGCGGGCCGGGCGCGCCGCCGGCCGCCCCGCCGCGCUGCGUCUCCUGCUGCUGCUGAGCGCCGCCCUGAAGCCCCAUGAGUGCUUCUCGCAGCCAGACCCCACCCAGGACACCUGGGAGUUCAAAGGGAAAACAGCAGAGGAGGACUAUGAGAAUAUCAUUCAGCUUUGCUGGAAGUAUUAUAAGAAUAACAUGGACCUUAUUGAAAAGGACUGGUGUGACUGGGCCAUGAUUAGCAGGCCUUAUAGCGAACUGAGAUACUGUUUGGAGGGUACCGCAGAGGAGUUUGGCCUGGCCUUCCCCAACCCCUGGGCUGAACGGAUCAUCUUGGAGACUCACCAGAUCCACUUCGCCAAUUGCUCUCUGGUGCGGCCCGCCUUCUCAGAUCCUCCCGAGGACAUACUCCUGGCCAUGAUCAUCGCCCCCAUCUGCCUCAUCCCCUUUCUUGUCACCCUUGUGGUGUGGCGGAGUAAAGACAACGAGGCUCAGACUUAGGCUUCUCGGCCUACCUACCUGGCCCCCUCUCUCUCCCCUCCCGGUCCUUGCACUCCCCAGUGGAUCAGUGGACAAAGGAGCCAGUCGGAGCUCACUGUAUAAAUUCUGUAACCUCCAAAAUAAAGCCUUUUGUACGCCGUC